AUGAACGACGUGGAUAUGCAAACCAUGAAUGAAGAAGGCCUAACCUUCAAGAGAGUCAUUUGUGAUACAAAAUACGGUAAAGUGUUCCUUGUCCAAUGGAACAAAUACAGAGAAUUGUAUUCUUUGGAGAGGGUUGACGUAAGACAUUUUGAAGAAAGGCAAACGGAUGUUAUUAAGAACUUCUACCAUACAAACAUUAUCAAUAUCUAUAGGUACUGGUAUCGUGAAAAAUACGUCUACAUCCUUAUGGACUAUUGCCCUGUUGAUCUUUACCGUCUAGUGACCGUUCAAGGUGUCAUUUCUGAACAAAAGUUUAUCCAAUAUUCUUUUGAGAUGCUUCAAUCCUUAAAAAUUUUGCAUGAUAAAAAAUUCUGUCAUGGGAACAUUCGCCCAUCUAAGUUCCUUAUCGACCGUUACAAUCAUAUCCGUAUAUGUGAUUUUAGUAAUGCAGUAUCUGCUUCUGAAGUUUCAGAAUCAGAGUUUCAGAAGAUGAAAUUAGAUGACAUUUGGAGUUUAGGCGAAACAUUUUAUUACAUGCUUACCGGAUUACUAAUAUCAGAUCUUUACAUGACAAAGAAGGAUGCAAAAUCCAGGAAUUUUGCCAAUGUAAAAUAUCCUUCAUCAAUACCAACUGAAAUAGCGAUGAUGGUAUCUUGCUGCUUACAAUGCAAAGAAAGUAAUAGUUUAACUAUUGACGAUAUUUUGCGUUGCUCCAUUUAUCGACGCAGACGCGCUUCAAGUUCUUCAAUUCCUACACAAUCCAUGGAGCGCUUUUCAAGUAACUCAUUGAGAAGUCUUAACGUUAUUGUUAAGCCUGUCUUAACAAGAGUUAUUUCUUUUAAGUGA